UAUAAAAGCAUUAGUUCGAUACACAAACUGAACCUUACUUUUUAAUUAUAAUUCUUUCAACAUGGAGAUACAGAUCCCAUAUUCCAUCAUCUUCAUCACCUUCUUCUUCUUCUACCUCGUGAUCCACAAACUCUACUUUUCCAAGAAACCCAUCAAAACCCUUCCUCCAGGGCCAUGGAAAUUACCUCUCAUAGGAAACCUACACCAACUUGUUGGUGGCUCUCUACCUCACCGUUCUCUCGCAAAUCUUGCCGACAAGUACGGACCAUUCAUGCACCUUCAACUUGGUCAGCUUUCUCAUAUCAUAGUGUCUUCACCAGAAUACGCCAAAGAAAUCAUGAAAACACAUGAUCAGAUCUUUGCAAACAGACCCAGAUUUCUUGCUUCUGAGGUCUUCUGUUACAAUAGCACAGACAUCGCCUUUUCCCCGUAUGGAAACUAUUGGAGGCAACUUCGAAAGAUCUGUACUUUAGAGCUUUUCUCAGCAAAGAGAGUUCAAUCAUUCAGAAGGAUAAGAGAAGAAGAGGUUUCAGCACUUGUGAGGAACAUCUCUGAACAUGAAGGUUCUGUCAUGAAUCUCAGUCCAAAAAUCUUUUCACUCACGAAUUCUAUAGUUGCAAGAGCGGCUUUUGGGAAGAAGACACGGAACAUAGAGCGUAUCUUACAGGUUGUAGAGCAAGUGAUAAAGCUAAGCACUGGGUUUUCAAUUUCUGAUUUCUUUCCUUCACUGAAAUUUAUCAGUGCCAUCACUGGGAUGAGAGCUCAAGCUAUGAAGGUGCAGAGAGACACUGAUAGAAUCUUAGCAGACAUCAUCAGAAACCACGAAGAAAAGAAAGGCAAUAGUAACGUUGGAGAGAUGAUAGAGGAGGAUCUUGUUGAUGUUCUUCUCAAGAUUCAAAGUGGCGAUGACUUUGAGAUCCCCUUAUCUCCUGACAACAUUAAAGCUGUUCUCUUGGAUGUUUUCAUUGCUGGAUCUGAAACAGUAGCAGGUACCAUAGAGUGGGCAGUGUCAGAAUUGCUCAAAAAUCCAGAGAUUAUGAAGGAGGCACAAGUAGAGGUAAGAAGAGUCUUUGGAAGCCAAGGGUAUGUAGAUGAAUCAAAGCUUCACCAGUUAAAAUAUUUAGGUGCUAUCAUCAAAGAAACUCUGAGGCUACACUCACCAACAGUAUUGUUGAUUCCAAGAGAGAACAGUGAGCGUUGUGAAAUCAAUGGAUAUGAGAUACCUCCUAAGACAAAGAUUAUAAUUAAUGCUUGGGCCAUUGGAAGAGAUCCCAAGUAUUGGAAAAAACCAGAGAGAUUUGAACCUAAGAGGUUUCUUGAUACAAUGGUUGAUUACAACUUCAAAGGUUCUAGCUUUGAGUACAUCCCAUUUGGUGCUGGAAGAAGGAUCUGUCCUGGAGUCACAUUUGCUAUACCUGUUAUAGAAUUGUCACUCUCUAACUUGCUUUACCAUUUUGAUUGGAAACUUCCACAAGGUAUGAAGCCUGAGGAUUUGAACAUGGAUGAGUCUUUUGGUUCCACAGUGAAAAGGAAGAACGAUCUGAAUUUAGUUCCUAUUUGUUAUACCUCUUAGAGGUUCGUGUGUGUGUGUGUGUGUGUGUGUGUGUGUGUGUUUACCGCUUGAAUGAUGUUUCGCCCAUUCCAUAUUAAGAAUAUACCCAAACUUGUUUUA